CUUUAAUGCAGUUUUCUUGUUUGUGGUGCAUCAUUCACACUCACUGCAAUGCUUGUUGUUUUGCACAAAUCAUUUCCACAUGGAAAGACAUUGUAAACAUCUGUGUCGACCAUGAGGAAUGUUUUGGUUUUGUUUUAUGGAAAAUGUCCCAAAGGAAUGGACAAAUAUGGUGAGGACAUCAGUAAGUGGGAAAAACUGUCAUGGAACUCAGUCGGGCUCCCGUAACAAACACACCGUCUUGAACCCCAACAUGUCAUCUUUUGUCUCCAGCAUGGUUCAGAAGGUAGCCGUGAUUGGCGCCGGGAUUUCAGGCCUGACCAGCAUCAAAUCCUGUUUGGAAGAAGGUCUGGAGCCCACCUGCUUUGAGAGCGGUCCUGACAUCGGCGGUCUAUGGAGAUUUAAGGAGGAACCGGAGCCCGGACGGGCCAAUAUCUACGAGUCUGUGGUACUCAACACCUCCAAGGAGAGGUUGGCCUUCAGUGACUUCCCGCCUGCUGCAGAGCUCGCCAACAACAUGCACCACUCCGAGGUGCUGCUUUACCUGCGACAAUACGCCCAAAACUUUGGCCUACUGCGGCACAUCCACUUCCAGACGGCUGUGGUCAACAUUAGGCAGACUGCGGACUAUGCUGACACCGGUCAGUGGGUCGUAGAGACCGAGGGGCGCUACGGGCGGCAGGAGAGUGAGGUUUUCGACGCCGUGAUGGUCUGCUCGGGACUCUUCACCACCCCCAACCUGCCACUCAAAGACUUUCCAGGGAUAGAGAGCUUCACUGGCAAGUACUUUCACAGCCACGAAUACCGACCCACUGAAGGUAUGCGCGGGAAAAGAGUGGUUGUCAUCGGGAUUGGAAGUUCCGGAGGUGACAUCGCGGUGGAGAUCAGUCAGGUUGCUAAACAGGUGUACCUGUGUUCAAGGAGCGGCGCUUGGAUCACAAGCCGCGUGGGACCGCGGGGCCUCCCGGCAGACAUGAUGUACACAUCCCGCAUGGAUGAGAUGCUCAAAAGCCUUUUCCCUUCUCUUAGCAACAGCAUAAUGGAGAAUAAGUUGAAUCAGGUUUUUGAUCAUGAACUCUAUGGACUGAAGCCACGACACAGAAUUUCUGAGAAAAACCCUGUGGUGAGUGAUGCGCUACCGGCUCGGAUAAUCUCAGGCCGCAUUCGGUUGAAGGAAAACAUCAAGGAAUUCCGUGAAUCCACAUUGGUCUUUGCCGACGGCAGUGCUGUAGACCAGGUGGACGUGGUGGUGUUCGCUACAGGGUACAAAUACAGCUUCCCCUUCCUGUCACUGAACCUGCAGGAGAAGUUGGGUUUCCACCUGUGCCUCUACAAGCAUGUGUUCCCACCCGGUCUCUCCAAACCUACGCUGGCAAUGGUGGGCUUAAUCUUCGGCCAGGGGUCACAAUCACCGCUGGCAGAGAUGCAGGCCCGCUGGGCCACCAGAGUUUUCAAAGGUUUAGCAAAGUUACCUACCGAGGAGAGGAUGCUGGAUAAAAUAGCGACAGAAACAGGAACGAUGAACCAAAGGUAUGCCUGCUAUGAGGGUACCCCCAUCCAGGUGAAUUACAUGUCCUACCUAGAUUCAGUGGCAUCUCGGAUCGGGGUUAAACCAAACAUGGCACUGCUGCUUCUGAAAGAUCCCAGAUUGGCAUUCCAGGUGUUUUUUGGGCCUAUCACAUCCUAUCAGUACCGACUGAGCGGGCCGGGUCGUUGGGCCGGGGCUCGCCAGGCCAUCUUUUCUCAGUGGGACCGGGUGGUUCAGCCAUUCAACAAAAAAGUGGACCCGAAAGCCCUUAAGAUCAGAAUGGUGCCAAGAGCGCCGUCCUCCGUAGUGGGCAUGGUGCUUUUCUCAAGCGCAGCCCUGCUGUGCGGAUCCUUCUACAAUACGUAAUGGACUCUGUCUUCCAAGACUUGAAAUAUUUUAAACGAGUGUACUGCUAAAAAUUUACAUUCAUGCCAUUUACAAACAUAUUAGUUUGGAAACACAGUAACUACAUGACCACAACCAAGUGUACUUUGUGUGAGGCAAAAUGUUUCGCUAGCAAGCUUGUGAUUCCAAAGCCUGUUUUGUCAUUUGUCUUCCAAAACCUCUCAUCAUACCAUGAAUACUUCAUCAGUCAUGCUAGCACAGGCUCCGGCACACCCUCUACCCUCGUGAGGAUGAGUGGCUGCGAUAAUGUUUCCAAGUACAGUACCUCUUACAAGGUGCUUACACACACCUGUACUUUCCCAUAUAUGGGGAAACACAGAUAUAAGUAACGUGAGGUAAGAAAUGUAGUAGUAACGUGAGGUGGAGAAAUAAGUAGUCAGUAAGACGUCAGCUGUGUUGCCCACAAAGCAGGGUUCAGUAAAAGGUUCCAAAGAUUUUUGCAGAAUCUCUGCAUUUUGAGUUUUUUUGGUAUAAAUGUAUGGGUCCAUUCGAUUUUGCUCCCAAAUUAGUAAAUUAUGCUUGAAUUACUCAAGUGUCGCAACAAAAUUCAUGCGCAUUGUAUUCAUUUUUCAGUGGAAAUAAAAUGUUUAGAUUGAAGAUAUGGACCAACAAAACAUUGAUUAAAAAAAAGAACUGCGUUAUUUAAAAAAAAUAAAAUCACUUUUAAAGGGUUAA